AUGGCUAAUCUCCUUACGGAGGCGCUCGCACAAUGCCAAGAAACUGAGGCACGAGUCGCAAUUAUCACUGACGAGAUGCGCUCGCUCGUCGUGAGGCGGACAAACGUCAUGAGUACCGGGAUCGAGGCCGAGAUUUUCUCGACUGAUGAAGUUUCCAUUCGAAGGCUUAUUGCCCAUUUCGUCUACGAAGAGACUUUAGAGGGAGGUCUCUGUGCACUGGACUUCAUUCCACCAUCACCCAUACGGUCGGGUGCUGAGGCUCGAAGGCAGCCUAGACCUCUGCCGAGGCUCCUGUUGCGGAGGUCAUUCGAAGACUUCGACGUUUAUACCAUGCAGAGGAACAGACUGGCUUGGGGGGAUUUCAUGAUAUGGUGGAAGAUCUACAGCGAAGAGGCGAGAAUAUCGGGCAAGGCGCCAUGGAACCUGCAUCCUGGCACAUGUCUUCCCGUCUCACAACCACGUAUCUUCAGUGAGGGUGGACAUAAGACAUGGGUCCCGCAGGGACGCCCGUUUUUCCCCAUUCCAGCGGAGACGAAAGCACUGGUUACGCAACAUCAUAGACCUAGGGAUGACUACUUGCAUAGCCUCCUCUACACCGGCGGAAUGCACGAUCCGGACCCCCAAGGCCACUGGUUUCAAAUUUCCGCCAUUUUCCUCCUUCCGGGCGGAUGGCAUGUAUAUGGCUUGCUCAUGGAGGCUAUCAAUGGCCCUACCAUGGAUAUGUCGGAUAUAAAAGAUCGACCACGCGAGCAACAAAUAGACAUCAUAAGGCGGCUGCGGCAUGGGCUCAGAGCCAUCCGAUUUGCGGGAAUCGAGCAGACAGACUGGAAACUUGAUCAGAUUUUGUGCCCUCCAAACCCCGAGAAUUCCACCUUUGCCCCUGAUAUCGUAUUCGUUGAUUUUGCAUUUGCUCUGCAGAACUGGGGAGACGUGAUGGGAUGUCCUCUGCACCAUGAACCCGCAGCGCUUGAACUCGAAUUACGCGACUGGGGGAUUGACAAGGAGAUCAUGGAUUCUUGCUGGUUCGAAGCCACCGAGGAAGAGUAUUGAUCACGUUUUAGACCUUUUCGUGCUACUAGUAGAUGGAAUGCACACGAAGCGCCGCUACAUAUUUCAGAUAUUCCAGCCACAAUUGAUGUACCGGUUAAGAUCGUGUAUAACGGACGCCCUUCCUGUCAUCGUUUCCGCGUCUCAGAGCAUCAAUUGGAGCAGUUCCCCCGGGACUAUGGGCCGUUUAUUCCAAUCGUGCUCCCAUCCAGGCUUAGCGCCUUCUUCAUCACCGAUGGCAGGAAGACCAUAUACUGCAGUCACAAACCAGAUACUCUUGUCACCUGUCGGCCCAUGUUCGUCCAUCAACGUGGGCAGAACCGCACGUGGAACCAUGAGAUUAGUAUUGGCAUCCGUCCUCAUCGCUUUGCCUUUGCGUGAGCUACUGCCACCGUUACCGAGCUCGGCGAUCCCACUGACACCAGCUCUCGACGCGGCACGCGCUUCGCUUCCUCUUUCUAACGUACCAAAGUUCUCGCCCGUCGAAGGCUCCAGCGCACGCCCGUCCUUCCCCUGACCGUAGAUCGCAAAGCCGCCCUCAGCGCUCCACAGCUUCCUAUCUGACUUGAUCCUGUGGACACGAAGAUGCCAGAGCGGCGUGUCGGGUUGCGGUGGGACGAGCCACGUCUCAAUCUCGACCCCUUUCCAGGGGUACCACAUGCUCCUGAGCCACUUUCCCUUGCGUCCCUCCCCUGAGCCCUCCCACUCGACCCGCGCCUCUUUUGUCUCGCGGCGGCAUUUCCACACUUCGCCCGCAUCGUCGGAGAGAGCAAGCGUGUUGUCCCCGCCGAGCUCCUCGAGAGUGAGCGAACCUACCGGGACGGAGUAUCCAAACGCCGAUGAGUACGCCAGCUUCCCAUAUUUCGCCGCGCUCUGCUUGACCGGGUACGAGCACUGCUGCCCCGAGCUGAGCAGGAACGUGUGCCCGCCGAGGUUCGAUGCGAUGUGUAGCGGCUUCUCGAGGAACUUG